UAAUUUAGUUUACAAUUAUUUAUGUUUUAGGUAGGAAAAAUAUUUUAUAAUGACAAUGGAAAGGAGAAUAAAGUUAAAAACUCUCAAUAGUCAUAUAACGUGUAAGAUUUGUCGUGGUUACUUCAUUGACGCUACUACUGUUACCGAAUGCCUUCAUACGUUUUGUAAAAGCUGCUUAGUGAAACAUUUAGAGGAAAAUAAUACCUGUCCAACAUGCAACAUCGUCAUACAUCAGUCACAUCCCCUUCAGUACAUCAGUUUCGACCGUACCAUGCAGGACAUAGUGUAUAAACUAGUGCCAGAUCUUCAAGACAAUGAAAUAAAGAGGGAAAGAGAUUUUUAUAGAGCCAGAGGGUUACCAUGUCCGAAGGAUGCUGCACUCGCAGCAGACAAACCGGGUGGUGGUGAUGAGCCAGACCAGCCUGACAACACCGAUUGUCAUCGCAAAGAUGAACAGGUCAAUCUGUGUUUGGAGUGUAUAUCUACUUCGCUGAGGACAUUAAAACGUAGUUUCAUUAGAACGUCAGCCCAGGCAACCAUUACUCAUCUCAAGAAAUUUGUAGCUAAAAAAGUUUUGAAUAACAUGGAUAAAUAUAGAGAUAUUGACAUUUUAUGUAAUGAUGAAUUGUUAGGUAAGGAUCAUACGCUUAAAUUUGUUUACGUUACCCGUUGGAGAUUUAGAGAUCCACCGCUCAGACUACAAUAUAGACCUAAAAUUGAUUUGUAAAUU